AUCAAUAAUAAUCAGAAGAAAAAUGCAGUCUGCUAAGGAGAAGAUCAGCAACAUGGCCAGUGCUGCCAGGGAGCAUGUUAACAUAUGCAUGGCCAACAUUGAAGAAAAGGCGGAGAAGGCAACAGCCAGGACGGAGGAGGAGAAACAGAUGGCGCAUGAGAGAAGAAAAGCCAAGGAGGCUCAAGCAAAGAUGGAGUUGCAUGAAGCCAAAGCUAGACAUGCUAAGGAUAAGCUGAGGGCAAAGGUUUCCCGUCAUUUCCCCCGCCAUGACCAUGGGCCACCACUCGUGGCGGCUCACCAUGGCUACAACGAGCCUGUAGUUGGACAACAUGGACACCGCCCAGUUGGGACUGCCGUUCCCAUAGCUGGAACUGGUGUUCCCAUGGCUGGAACUGCUGUUCCCAUGGCUGGAACUGCUGUUCCUUCAUAUCCUCUGGGAGGGAACCCAACGCCACCUGGAUAUAUGAGGCAUCACCAAAGCUAAACAAUCCUGCUUGCCCAGUAUCAGUGUUCUAGUUUUUAUCUAGUUGUGUCUGUAGUUUCCUUACGGUAUGGAGAAUAAAAAUGCUUUUUGCUC